AUGUACUUCUUCCUCCUCAACCUUGCCCUCACUGACAUUGGCUGCAUAUCCACCACAGUCCCCAAAUCCAUGGACAAUUCCCUGUGGGACUCCAGGGACAUCUCCUAUGCAGGAUGUGUUCUCCAGCUCUUCUUUUUCAUAUUCCUAAUUGCUACAGAGUAUUUUCUCCUCACCACCAUGUCCUAUGAUCGCUACGUUGCCAUCUGCAGACCCCUGCACUAUGAGACCCUCCUGGGCAGCAGAGUUUGUGUCUACCUGGCAGCAGCUGCCUGGGGCUGUGGGGGUCUCCAUGCUUUGCUGAACACAGCCAAUAGAUUUUCCCUGCCCCUCUGCCAGGACAAUGUUCUGGAUCAGUUCUUCUGUGAAGUCCCCCAGAUCCUCAAGCUCUCCUGCUCCACAUGCUACCUCAGAGAACUUUGGCUUCUUGUGGUUGGGGCUUCUUUAUUCUUUGUCUGUUUCAUGUUCAUUGUGGUGUCCUAUGAGCAGAUCUUCAGGGCAGUGCUGAGGAUCCCCUCUCAGCAGGGACGCCACAAAGCCUUUGCCACCUGCCUCCCUCACCUGGCUGUGGUCUCCCUGUUUCUCAGCACUGGCUUCUUUGCCUACGUGAAGCCCUCUUCCAUCUCCUCCCCGUCCCUGGACCUGUUGGUGGCAGUUCUGUACUCAGUGGUGCCUCCAGCAGUGAAUCCUCUCAUCUACAGCCUGAGGAACCAGGAGCUCAAGGCUGGACCCGAUUCUGCGGGUACUCUGAGCCAUGUCGACGGGGACGACAGUGGAGACCGCACCCAGGAUUUACGGGCGAGCUGA